CAGUGAUGACGUCACUUGAAUGUUUGCGUUGAGUUUGUUUGAACUGUAUUGAGAAGUAUAGAGAAACAAGAAGUCUACCAAAAUAUCAUACUAUUAUAACCAAUUUGUUUGUUGUUAUUAGGUUGUGUAUUUGGUAGUCAACUGAAAUGGCAGGUACAGCACGCCACGAUCGGGAGAUGAAGAUGAAAGCUCAAAAGAACAUAAAGAAUUGUAAAGACCCAAUAGAAAUGUUGCGGUUACAGUGCCUCGCCAGAGGCUCAAGUGGAAUCAAAGGAAUUGGAAGAGUUUUUAGGAUAAUGGACGACGACGGUAGCAGAAGCAUAGAUUUUAAGGAAUUUAAAAAAGGUAUCCAUGACUACGGAGUGGACAUAGAUGACAAUAAAGUGAAACAGAUGUAUGAGGCAUUUGAUGCAGACAAAAGUGGAAAGAUUGAUUUUGAUGAAUUUCUGAAAGCUCUUAGACCUCCUAUGUCAUCAGCAAGAAAGAAUGUAAUAUUACAAGCGUUUAGGAAAUUAGACAAGACGGGAGACGGUGUGAUAACCAUUGAUGACUUGCGUGGAGUUUAUAAUGUAAAGAGACAUCCGAAAUUCCUAAAUGGAGAGAAGACAGAAGAAGAAUUGUUCCGUAUCUUUCUUGACAGCUUUGAUGCUCCAGGAGAUGCUGAUGGUCAGGUGACAAAGGACGAGUUUACUAACUAUUAUUGUGGUGUGAGCGCCUCGAUCGAUAGUGAUGCAUACUUCAUAUUGAUGAUGAAGAAUGCGUGGAAGUUGGACUGAUGUCGGCCAUGCUAUAACAUCUCAACCAUUAACAAUUCAUUAUGUCACAAAAGAUGAGUUCAUUAACUACUACAGUGGUGUAAGUGCUUCAAUUGACAAUGAUGCAUAUUUCCUGCUAAUGAUGAAGCAAGCCUGGGGACUGAAAUGAUAGUUGACCAUUCUCAGAAUGCUUUGUAAAUUGACAUUUGCACAUUUGUUGCCAUGGAGAUUAUUGAAGCUCUUAUUCCAGUGCAGUUGCAAGUCUGUGAGACACGAUACAGUAAUUUGUAUUGAAUGAUAGUGAAGCUUCUUUUUAGAUUAUUCAUAUUUGUGUAGUUUCACCAGUUAUUGCCAGAAAUGAACACAGGAUUCAAGGUGGAUUAUAUAUUAACCAAUUUGCAGGAGACUGAUAUUUCAUCACAAGAUGUUGACCAAUUGCGAUUUAGUAUGGUUUACAGUAUACGAUAUUGACCAAUCAUGGUCUAUUGACCUCAUACAAAGCAUUUCUGUAACCUUAUCUGAAUACCUUACCAACUGUCAAGAAUUUUUUACUUUAUAUUUGGAUCGUUUAAAGGGCUCCCUCUUUGAAACUGAUACUUACACACUGUUGGAAUAGUCACGGUUGUUCCGUAGCACAUGAUCGAACCAGUGAAAAAGUUCAAGUUAAUCAUCCAUACAUGGCCUAAGAGAAAACUUCAUAAACAACCAAUUUUAUAGAAACUGCUGUAACAUUGUAUUAUUUUUUAAUCAAAAUCUUUCAAGAAAAAAAUGGAUGCUCCUGGGUGUUUAUUCCAUGAGGACUUUAACAGCAAUACUCAGAAUGCUUCAUUUAUUCAAAGCAGAGCGUUACCUGAGGCAAUAUUGUAUUUGUAUGUCUUCUGAUUUACUGUACUUAAUGAUUAUCUUAAGAAAUACUGUUCUAAAAUUUUCCCCGGUUAAUCUGAAUAUAGGCCUAUCAAAAUUUUAAAGAACAUAAGUUUUAAAUAAUAAUAUGUAACUUUUAUAUUUAUGAUCUGAAGAUAUGUAUAAAAAAUGAUCUGAAUUUGAAGGACAAUUAUUUGUAUAAUAAUUUUUUUUACGUGUACAUCUGGCAGACAACUAGCAAGUACACAAGCUAGAAUUUUAAGUAAGAAAAUUAUAUAAGAUAGAUACUGUACAAUCUGUGUGUGAUAUAGUGAAUGUGGAUGAAGAUGUCCUUGAUACUAAAAUAAUAUAAUAAUUUAAUGUUACAUUAGU